AUGUGCGACUAUUCGAGCGAGCUGUGCGACGCACUGAACGACUGGGCACUCGCAAAGCCCUGCAGCCUUCGGAGGUCCGAGGAGAAAGCCAGACAGCCGGAGCGCGUUGUCUCCCGGGACGGCGGCGCCGGCAAGCGUAUGUGCGGCUUAGACAAGUCCGCCGUUAUGAAUGCCGGAGACGUGCGGUCGCUCUCGAUCAGGUUUAGGAAGAACUAUCACGAUUUGGGGAGUCCUCUCGACACGCUUCUUCACCAUGUUCUCCGGCACUUCGGAGCAAGAUACAAGAUCAUGGCCUACGAGCGGACUAUUAAGCAGAAGACCUCAGAGGACAAGGCCACCCCUUCCGAGAUCGUUCCAAAGAGGCCACAAUUCACACCCGCACGGUACGAGGAUACAGAGAAGCCGUGGUGGUACAGGGAUGACCGCCCCCCGCUUAGUCCUCGAGCCGGGCCCCGCCCACCGAACGAGGAGACGAAGAAGCUCGCGGCGGAUCUGGACGGGCAUCGCAAGGUGCUGGGGGUUUUCGGGAGCAUACUGUACAUGAUGGACAACCAUCCAGCGGAAUGGUACGACAUUCAGGCCGUCCAGGACCAGCUCCGCGACUACUAG